GCGGCCCAUUCGCCACCGGCACCGGCGGCCCCGGAGGCAGCGGCGGCCCCGGCAGCGCGGAGCUCGGCGGCCCCCCGAGGGCAGGGCCCGGAGGCAGCGGCGGAGCCCCCCCCCCAAGGCGGCGAUGAAGGCCAGCCCCGGGGCCGCAGCCUCGGUGGGAUCCGGACCGGCACCGGCACCGGCACCGGGAUCGGGGUCGGUGCCGGGAACGGGGCCGUCGGGGGGAGCCGAUGCUCGCUGGAGGGAGAAGGGCGAAGCGGAGGCGGAGCGGCAGCGCACCCGGGAGAGGCUGGAAGCCACGUUAGCCGGGCUGGGCGAGCUGGACUACCUGAGGCAGAGGCAGGAGCUGCUGGUGAAGAGCCUCCUGCUGCGGCGACCCCCGGGGGCGCAGGGGGGCCGAGGGGAGCAGCAGGCGGGCGAGGGGCCGCCGCCGCGGAGCCUGGAGGAGAAAUUCCUGGAGGAGAACAUCCUCCUCCUGCGGCGGCAGCUGAACUGCUUGAGGAGGAGGGAUGCCGGCCUAUUAAAUCAGUUGCAAGAGCUAGAUAAGCAAAUAAGUGACCUCCGUCUGGACGUGGAAAAAACGACAGAUGAACACCUUGAGACAGACAGUCGUCCAAGUUCAGGGUUUUAUGAGCUGAGUGAUGGAGCUUCUGGAUCGCUCUCGAAUUCGUCUAACUCUGUCUUCAGUGAGUGUUUAUCCAGUUGCCAUUCUAGCACUUGCUUUUGCAGCCCUUUGGAGGCAACACUGAAUAUCUCAGAUGGACGCCCUAAAUCUGCAGAUCUCAUAGGCUGGAUGGAUUAUAAUAAGGAAGGCCAGCAUGAGGACCAGACCGCAGGCUCUGUCUGUCGCUCUUUGUCCACACCGCACUCAAAUUCCCUCGAUGUCGUUGCAGAUGUCCACCCAAAGUACCAGUGCGAUCUGGUGUCUAAAAACGGGAGUGACGUCUACCGGUACCCCAGCCCUCUCCACGCGGUUGCUGUGCAGAGUCCCAUGUUUCUUCUCCCUGUGACUGAGAACCCACAACGAGAAGAGGAGAGACUCGGCUGCGAUAUUACCGACGUUUGUGCUGGAUCUGAAAUAGACUCAGGAAAACCAGCCGAUGCCUUUCUCCCGCCGGGCUCCUGGCCUGCGUCGUGCCCAUCCGCCAGCAAGAGGAUAGACGGCUACAUCUUAAGCCUGGUGCAGAGAAAGACUCACUCUGUAAGGACUAACAAACCAAGGACAAGUCUCAACGCUGAUCCCACCAAAGGGAUCUUGCGACACGGCAGCAUGUGCGUCAGGCAGGCUGCCGGGGCGGUUUCGCACAGCAACGUCGUGAACCUGAAGAGCACGAAGCAAGCGUGCUUGCCGCCUGGUGGGACGGCCGCUUUGGACACCGUGGUGUCCUCCCCGCUCAAGCAGAGGCCGAGGGAGGCAGCUGGUGAGCAGGUGGAGAGUAGAAAGGUGCCUUUGCCACCAGCUUUUCCACCUGGUGCGGCGAGUGAAGCUCAGAGCAAGCAUCUGCCACGUGGGGCCAAGCCAGCGCCUUCAGAGCUAAACCGGCACGCGGUGGCUACCACGGGGGAUGUUCCCAAGGAAAGCAGCCAGAUCUUUGCUGCAUCUCCCAAAGAGAGCCCAGGGAAGCCGGUGGUGCUGCAGCCAGAGACCAGGGUCAGCCAGCCUCCCAAAAAGGUUCUGCUGAAGAGCAGCUUGCAGGCAGCUCACACCUCCUCACCUCCAGUGGAGGAGAGGCCCACGCUGGAUUUCAAAAGCGAGGGCUCCUCUUCUCAGAGCCUCGACGAUGGGCUGCUGGUGAACGCCCAGUACAUACCGGCCCAGCAGCAAAGUGUUAAGCUCCAUAAAGGCACCCGAAAUGUCAAGAUUUUGAAAAGCUCGGCGCUGAAACACAGGCCGCACCUCGCCAACGGGCUAGAAAACAGCGCGCAGACGUUGCGGGAGAAAGGCAAGCCGGUUGGCAAGAAGUGCCGCUUUCCUGAGGAAUUGGAUACAAAUAAGAAACUGAAAAAGCCCUCCUCCAGGGGGAAGAGGAGCAGCGGCUUGCAGCCGGAGUCUGGCCUCCAGGGCCGGCCGGCCGGCCUCCAUAAAUCGGUAAUCAGAUCCCACGGACACGGCCGGGAGGUGGUGGUGGCCAAACCGAAACACAAGCGGGCCGACUACCGCCGGUGGAAGUCGUCGGCGGAGAUUUCCUACGAGGAGGCCCUGCGGAGGGCGAGGAGGAACCGGCGGGAUGGUGUAGGAGUCUACUCGCAAGUUCCCCUGCCGUAUGUCAGCCCCUACGCCUACGUGGCCAGCGACUCGGAGUACUCGGCGGAGUGCGAGUCUUUGUUCCACUCCACCGUGGUGGACACGAGCGAGGACGAGCAGAGCAACUACACGACGAACUGCUUCGGAGACAGCGAGUCCAGCCUGAGCGAGGUGGAGUUCGUCGGGGAGAGCACCACCACCAGCGACUCUGAUGAAAGCGGGGGCCUCAUUUGGUCCCAGUUUGUCCAGACGCUCCCCAUCCAGACGGUCACGGCUCCGGAGCUGCAUGAAAAUGCAGCAAAGGCCUUUGUCAAAAUCAAAGCCUCCCACAACCUCAAGAAGAAAAUCCUGCGCUUUCGGUCAGGCUCCCUGAAGCUCAUGACGACCGUCUAGUGAAGGGACUUGGUGGAAUGUAUCUGUUUCUGCUUUCGGAAGCAAGGUGCUUUUGUGUACAUAUUUCCACAGAUUUUUUUUUUUAUACAGAUAUUUAAAACUUAAGGUAAAUUAUGUCACUUGUCUUCAGAACUUGGGUGGAUACUAGUGCCUUUUAAGUGGAAAUAAAAAAACAUUACACUCGUUUAAAAAAAAACAAAACACAACACUGCCAUUUCAGUGGUGAACAGCCUCCAGUGCAUAGUAUCAGAAGGCUUUGGAAAAAAAGGCUAAUGUUUCCAGGAAUGGAUCUUCUUUGCCUAUUUUUUUCUUUCCAGUUCUGGGUCUUAUACAGGAUAUCAACAGCUUAAGGUCAUAAGGUUUUAGGGGGUGAGGGGGAGGGAGUAUGGGUGGUCUUCAUGUUUUUUCUUGUUCCCUUUCUGCUGCUCCUCUUGCCACAUCUUGAACUUGUUCCUCCUGAUAGUCCAGCCUGAUUUUUUUUCCUUUUUUUUUUUUUUUUUCUUGUUGAUUCUCUUCUUGAAGCUGGCCUCUGUCCUCCCCCAACCUUCUUCCAUGAGGAAAGGGCUCCUGUUAAAUCUAUCUCCAAGGUCAAGUUGCCUUCUCUGGAGUGCACUCUGCUCUGAUUUCCUGGGAGUCCCAGUGUGGACUGUGGUGGUGUUCAGAAUAAACUGUUGGAGCAGCUGACCAAGGCUUAGUAGCUUCAGUAUAUUGUGUAAAACUGCUUUUGAAAAAAAAUCAUAUGCAUGUCACGUGCAUGAGUAUCAGUAGUUUUAAUAUUCCCGUUGAUGUCCAAUUUACUGUACAUCAUCAAUGGCUGUUUUUAUAUAUAUAUCAUUGUGUAAAUUAAUAUAACACAUCAUAUGCUGUAAUAAACAGUCUGUUUUAAUACUUUUUUAAAGUUUGUUACGUUGGGGCAGUGCCAGUCAAUGGUUUUGUAUUGGCGUUGUCACCACCUCGGUGUCUCUUUAAUGUGGCCUGUUAACAUUCCCUGGAAUUCGUCAUGCAGGAAAUGGAGCAAGUUUAAAAUGUUGCUGUGUAUGUGAUUUGUGCUUUGAGGGAACUGGAUUGUCAUGGCUCCUCUUGUUCUUGCAGUAGCUUGCAUUUUUUAAGGGCAGGAUGGGAUUGAGGAGCUUGGAGAUAUCUUCAGGUUGUUGCUUAUGGGCAGCUCACAUUGCGGAGCAGAUGGAAAUGUAAUAUUAAUCCUCCUUGCUUCAGGGUGCUUGCAGACUUUGGUUAGUACAACUGAGGGGCAGAUGGUAGGUUUCUGUAACCAAAUGGAUCUGUGUAAUGCAACGGGCGUCCCUCUGAAGUGGCCGGUAAACGAAUCACCAAAAGCUGCAUGCUCAGGUGCUGGGCUGGGUAGAGGAGACUGUAGGCUUGGUGUCCCUGGUGCCCUCUUUAUGCAUGGAAACUGGCUGUGGCACAAACCUGACAAGGUUAUGAGAAAGAAGUGACAGUUGUGUCACCCACUGGACUCUGUCUCAGUUUCUUUCUUCCCAUAGGACUGGAGGUGAGUCUCUGACAGCAAAGGAGAAAGGAGCUAACCGCAGACAACACCGCUUCCCUUUGCAGCAACAACUUUGUAGGUUGUUGUGGGAUGGCUGGAGGUUUAUGGCAGGCAUGUCUGAUGGAGCUGGGCCAGAGAAUGGGCCGCUUUCUGCAGGUUCAUCUUCUGCUCUAGGAUCUGUGAAGCAGUGGGCAUACGACUAGCAUGGAUGCUGUGAUGGUUAGGAAUUUCAGGGAUAUGUGUGCAGCCCAUCUGGUCCAUAGCAAGGCUGGCUGGGCAGAGGCCUUCCUUUGUGGUUCCUCUGUGUCCUUCCUGCUGUCACCCACCUGUAAAGCAGAAUGGUACUUUCUCAGGUUUCCUUGCAUUGAAAAUGUGGGAGGGAGAGAUCCACCAACAGUUAAAUGUCUCUAGGAACAGCUUCUGAGACAGUGGUAACACUUUUUGUCUAAGUGGUGGAUUUCAUCCUUUAAUUUGCAGAGUGUAGUAAAUCCCUAACUAUCUCUGAUGUCUCUCAUAUUAUUAUUAUUUGUUAGUAGAGGAACGGCACUUUCUGUAUGGGGUCAUGCAGUGUGGUCAUAAGUUUCUAGAUGCAGUGACCCACAAAGUCCUUAAUGUCCAUCUCCCAUGAUACAGGAGAAUCUGUAACUCACCUUAACUGGUUGCUCCUGUGAAAGCAGGAGCAAUCUCCUGGUUUAAAUCAACUCUCCUAUUGCUUUAAAAUGGAAGGGUAACUUGUGUGUGUAUAUGUAAGUAUAUACAUUUUAUAUGUUAUGUGUAUAUAAAAAAUAUUAAUAUAGAAUAAUUA